GCUAACAGAUCGCAUUAGCUAGAAAAAUAAUGGCCUCAUCGUAGUAAAAUACUAGCAUGUCGGCUUUAUUUGACUUUACAUUGAAGACGUCAACAUAGCGGACCAUGUAAGCUGUUAUCUUGACAUAGUUGUCCUUUACAGAAUAUAUUUGUUUCAUUACCUGGCCGGCAGCUCUGUAGCUUGGACGAGGACAGUGGAAAGCAAUGACGCUCAGCAGGAUCCGCCGACAUCCUCUGACAUGUCCAGUUUCGCUCGCCAUCUUUCUGCUAAUAUUGAGUGUGCAGCUGGUGAGAGCAGCCUCUGAAAAUGACCCCUACAAAAUCCUGGGUGUCAGCAGGAGUGCAAGUCAAGCAGAAAUCAAAAAGGCAUACAAGACCCUCGCAAAGGAAUGGCAUCCAGACAAGAACAAGAGCCCUGGAGCUGAGGACAUGUUCAUUAAGGUUUCAAAGUCAUACGAGAUCCUGUCAAACGAGGAACGAAGGUCCAACUUCGACCGCUAUGGGCAGACUGAUGAUAGCCAGCCAAUCGGCCAUUCACAGCAUCAAGGUUUCCGCGGCUCUCACAACAGCUUCUACUUUGAUGAGUCUUUUUUCCAUUUCCCCAGGUCCAGGGACUUUGCAGACAGCAAGUACCUGCUUCACCACGCGCAGUUUAACAGCGACGUCCUCCCAGACAGUUACAAGAGGCCGUACCUGAUCAAAGUGACCUCUGAGUGGUGCUUUGCAUGCAUCCACAUUGAGCCUGUGUGGAAGGAGGCGGUGCAGGAGCUGGAGCCUCUGGGUGUUGGCAUUGGCAUCGUGGACCUGGGUUACGAGCGUCGCCUGGCCAACCAGCUGGGAGCCCACCGCGCCCCCUCCAUCAUCGGGCUGGUGAACGGCAGGGUGACCUUCUUCCAUCAGGCUGUGAUACGGGAGCACCUGCGACAGUUCAUUGACGACCUGCUGCCCCAUAAACUGGUGGAAAAGAUCACAGACAACAACUACAUUGCUUUUCUGGAUAGCUGGCGUGUGGAAAAUAAGCCCAGCGUUAUUUUGUUUGACCAAGUUCCUGUUGUUCCUCUACUCUAUAAAUUAACAGCCUUUGCCUACAAAGACUAUGUGCGCUUCGGGUACGUGGACCAGGGUGAGAAACACAACAAUCGGCUCCUGCGGCAGUUCAACAUCAACACGUACGCCCCCACCAUGCUGCUGUUUAAAGAGGAUACUGAGAAGCCUGUUGAUAUCAUCCAGGCCAGAGGGAUGAAGCGACAGAUCAUGGAGGAGUUUGUCUCCAACAACAAGUUCCUGCAGGUUCCACGGCUGGUCAACCAGCAGCUUUUUGAUGAGCUGUGCCCUGUCAAGCAGUUCCACCGACGGAGGAAGUACUGUGUGCUGCUGAUCACGGGGGAGGACCAAGCCUUCCUAACAGGCAAUAAAGCCUUCCUGGACUUUGCAUCGGUCAACAAAAAAGACGUGCUGCGGUUUGCAUACGUCUACCAGCGGCAGCAGCAGCCUCUCUGCCAGGCACUGCUCCAUAAUCAGGCUGCACUCUCCCCCCAGGUGGUGAUUCUCGAGAGGCGGAGCCAAGCCGGUAAGGUCAUGUACCGCUCUGUGAGUGGUGGAUGGAACGGCAGCGAGGAAGAUAAAUACCGCCUCCACGAACAGCUGGAGAUCCUUCAGAAGGACCCCACCUAUCUGAGCUCAGACGCCACCCUGCCAGAACUCAACAACGAGAUGGCCCCCAUGUUUAUCAUUCAGUGGAUGAAUGCUGCCUCUGAUUACGUCCUUCAAGUAUAUGAUGACCUUCUCUACUCAAACUGGCGCGAGAUGAUGCCCAUCCUGUCGCUGAUCUUCUCAGCUCUCUUCAUUCUUUUUGGCACCGUCAUCAUUCAGGCCUUCAGUGAGCCAGGUGAGAGCACACCCCGGAAACCAAAGCCAAAGGAGCAAACGCAGUCCGAGGAAGACGCAUCGAGUAGAGCCAGUACUUCAAGCCGUCCUCCUAAGAAGGACUUUGUGGAAGUGACGGAGCUGACGGACAUCACGUACAUCAGCAACCUGGUGAAGCUGAGGCCCGGCCACAUCAACGUUGUACUGGUGCUCACCAACGCCUCUAAGAAUGCCCUGCUCAGGAAAUAUGCCAAGGAGGUUUUUUCUUUCUCUGGGACUCAGACGCUCCACUUCUCCUUCCUUAACGGUGAUAAGCACCGCCACUGGAUGCCAUCGCUCCUUCGCUCGACAUCUGACACCAUGCCGAGUCAUUCGGACGAGGAUGAGGAGUCUCCAGACUACGCCGGCCACGUCCUGGCCCUCAACGGCCACAAGAAAUACUUUUGCCUCUUUAGACCCGUCUUCACCGGAGACGAUCCCAACGACUCAGCGUCUGACACCUCGUCCUCUGAGAGCAGGAGGAAGUCCCGGUCCAGGUCCAGGUCCAGCUCCCACUCUCGGUCCAGGUCCCAUUCCAGGGAGGAUGGGGUCCCGAAGAGGGGCUCAAACAGGGCCACCACCAUAGACGUGCACCACAAGCUGGACAGACUGGGACUGUGGAUGGAGAGGCUGAUGGAGGGGACCCUCCCCCGGUUACAGGUCACCGCAUGGCCCUCUCUUGGCGAAACCAAUAACUCCUCCGCAGAGAGCUGAGUUUAAAGUUACAAAGGUGGAAUGGUAGCGCACACACGCCUGAUGAGGGUCUUCAGCAAGAAAACUGCAGAACAAUGUUGCAGUUUUCAAAUCAUAUUUUAGGUUCUGUUUGGUAAAAGUAUGUCGUCAAACUAAGCUGUUGCGAGCUUUUUACAGACGUUUUUAUUUUAUCUGCUAAACAGUUUGAAGCAGAUCAAAAUGUAUGGUUUAGAGAGAGUAGUGUGCUACCACAAACCUUUAACACGCGCAUGAGGCAAAGGUUAAGAGUUCGCUGCAUGAUGCGGCUUCAUGUCUUAAGUACAAGGCAAAAGGAGGGAAAAGAAGAGACUCUAUAGGAAAAAUCAAUAGCUGUUACACACACACACACACACACACACACACACACACACACACCACACACACCUUACUCAGAAGCCUCAUGGUACUAGCUAGCUGUGUGUGUGUCCAUGUAUGUAUGUGACACAUUAACUUCGGUUCCUAGUGUUUUCCCCCCUCUUUUCUCCUCUCGUCUCCAUACAUUCAUUAGAUACAAAUCUAGCAGCUUGGAAUUAGUGCAAUUAUUUUUGCUCUACUUUGUAUCUUUGGACAGCAAGAGCCUCUAAAACUUGACACGAGCCUGACCACAUCGUCUAUCAUGAGUAUUUACUUCUGACAGUAGGUGGAAGCAGGUUCAUACGAAUAGAGGCUUGGACACUAAGCCUGAUGCACUGAAUUAAUAAAUAUAUUUUUUGUUUUUAGAUUUUCUUGUUUGUUUUUUUUACUUUUAGGACCUUUUUCAGUUGAGUUUAUUGUUGAUUUAUCAAUUGCGGUUGUUGAUCUGACAGAAACAUUUUUUUAUUCCAAGCAUUAAGACAUAGAGAAUAGAGCAUUGUUAGCAGCAAUAAUUAUGUAGUCACAUAACACUAUCUACAUUUCAUCUACCAAAAGAGCUUAUAAUUAAAAACAUAUUUUAUUCCUGAUGAUUUCCGCUCAGAGCCACGUUGCCAUGUCCUGCUGCUGUUGUAGGGAUUUCAUAUUUAACAUGCUGUCUGCCAAGUUUGAAUUCUGAUGAAGUUGUAUAUGAUUUUGGGUGGGUAGUACCCAAAAUUAAAUCUGCCUUUUUGUCUUUUAGCUGUUUUAACUUCGGGCUGGUUUUACCUUUUUUAAUAAAAAAUCUCUCUGAAUCAAUGAUAAAUCCCAUCUUAUUAUACUUGUCCUUUUUAAGGCUGUGCCCUUAAACCACUGUAAAUGUCAAUGCAUGGAAUAUGUAGACCUAAUAUCACGAACAAUUAAGUGAAUUUGCACUGGCAGCUUCAACCCUUCACCCUGUCUCUCUCCCCCUUUUACUCUGUAAUUGAAUAACUUGCUGCUAAACAAAUAAUAUUUGCAGUACACUGUAACUCAUCUUUUUCCCUCUUGUAUGUCCUUUGACCUUCAUUUGUGUGUAUAUCCAUCUGUAAGAAAUUAAGUGUAAAUUAUUAAAAGAAAUGCCUUUAAAACA